AUGCGUCAGAAACGAGCUAAAUCAUACAAGAAACAGAUGACAAUCUACCAUCACACAUUCAAGUUUCGUUCACCCUACCAAGUCCUUCUUGACAACGAGCUUGUACUCAACAUCACUCAAGCAUCCUAUAAUCUCAUGAACGGGCUCACCAAGACCAUCCAAGGUGAAAUCAAACCCAUGAUCACACAAUGCUGUAUGCAAGCGCUCUACGACACAAAGAACCAAACAGCUAUAGACUUGGCCAAGACGUUUGAAAGAAGAAGAUGUAAUCAUCGUGAUGCCAUUGAUCCAGCAGAAUGCAUUGAAAGUGUGGUUGACAUUGAUGGAGUUAAUAAGCAUAGAUAUGUUGUCGCUUGUCAAAACUUAGCAUUGAGGAAGAAAUUGAGAAAGAUCCCGGGUGUUCCCUUGAUUUUUAUGAACCGUUCCGUCAUGGUUAUGGAACCUUUAAGUGAUGUGUCUGCAAAGUAUUCCCGAGAAUUCGAAGAAAAGAAAUUGACUGCAGGAUUGAACUCAAUAGAGUCCAGGAGAAAAGCUGAAGAAGAAAAAGGUGCUUCUGAAGAAGAAUCAGCAAAGAAAAAGAGAAAGGGUCCAAAGGAGCCAAACCCAUUAAGUAUAAAAAAGAAAAAGAAAACCGAACCACAACCAACCACUGAACUGGCAAAAAAGAAACCAAAUAGAAGAAGAAAGCACAAGUCGACUACAGAAUCUGAAGCUAAUUCAGCAAAAGAGGAAGAUCUGGAAGCUAAAGCAACCAAUGAAGAAGCUGAAAAACCAAACGAACCUGUUGAACUUUCAGCUGAAAAUGAAUCUUCAUAG